AUGGAACUCAUAGGAUACUUGUUGACGGGGCUGAUAUUCGUAGUGUCAAUUGCGUAUCUGUACGUUCGAAGUCGACACAAUUUCUGGCGUGAUCGAGGCCUUGCGUAUCCUCGCCAGCAACCACAUCUGUUUUACGGACACAUGAAUGGAGCCUUAGAUACCAGACACGAGUGCUACAUCAACCAGGAUCUGUACAACGACUUCAAAUCUCGGGGAGAGAUCAUCGGAGGGAAAAGCUUUUUCAUCAUUCCGAGUCUGGUGGCGGUGGAUCCGGAGCUGAUAAAGACGAUUCUAGUGAAAGAUUUCAAUGUCUUCCACGAUCGCGGUGUAUACAACGAUGCCAAGGCGGAUCCGUUGUCCGCACAUUUGUUCGCCUUGGAGGGCCAACCGUGGCGAGUGUUGCGUCAGAAGCUUACGCCUACAUUCACCUCAGGCCGCAUGAAGCAAAUGUUCGGUACUAUUCAGGAGGUGGCUGAACAGUUCCGUAAGUACAUGGAGGAAAACUGUCACCGGGAGGAGAUCGAAAUGAAGGAUGUCCUGGCACGGUUUACUACGGACGUGAUUGGUACGUGUGCCUUCGGAAUUGAGUGCAACACUCUGAAAAAUCCUGAUUCGGAUUUCCGCAAGUACGGCAACAAGGUGUUUGAGCAGGAUAUCUUGUUGAUGAUAAAGUUCAUAUUCGCCUCAAUGUUCAAGCGUGUGGCAAGAACGAUUGGCGUCAAGACGACAGAUCAUGGCGUGGAAAAGUUUUUCCUGCAGAUCGUCAAAGAAACAGUGCAGUACCGCGAAAUGAACAAUGUUCAACGGAACGACUUUAUGAACCUGCUGCUUCAGAUCAAAAACAAGGGAAGCCUUUCGGAACAGGACGCUGAACAUAUGGCCAAGGGCGAAGUCGGGAUGACUUUGAACGAGCUUGCAGCACAAGUUUUUAUAUUCUUCCUCGCCGGUUUUGAGACAUCUUCCACGACGAUGAAUUUUUGUCUGUACGAACUGGCAAAGAAUACCGACAUUCAAGAUCGUCUCCGCGAGGAGAUCAACCGUGCGAUCGAAGACAACGACAACAAAGUGACGUACGAUUUGGUUAUGAACAUUCAAUAUUUGGACCAGGUUAUAAAUGAAACGCUUCGCAAGUAUCCACCAGUUGAAUCGUUAACCAGAGUACCUCUUCGCGAUUAUACCAUUCCCGGAACUAAGCACGUGAUUCCAAAGGACACCUUGGUUCAGAUUCCUGUAUACGCUCUGCAUCGAGACGCAGACCACUAUCCCGAUCCGGAUCAGUUCAAUCCCGAUCGCUUCUUGGCGGAAGAGGUUCAACGCCGCCAUCCUUAUGUGUAUCUACCAUUUGGAGAAGGUCCACGUAUUUGCAUCGGGCUACGUUUCGGAGUGAUGCAGGCUAAAAUUGGUUUGAUCACGUUGCUAAGGAACUUCCGCUUUGCGCCAACGGCACACACACCGAAAACCAUCGUUUUCGAUCCGAAAUCCUUUAUUCUGUCACCGUCGACGGGUAAUUAUUUGAAGGUUGAUAAGAUAUAGAGACUUCGCUGGAGAUUAGAUGAAGGCAAUUGCCUUUUAUUGUGGUGAAUAAACAAGAAACAAUGUCUACUAUUUUGACUUUUAUCUUCGAAUAACUCAG